AUGGAAUCUGUUGUGACGUCUGUUUGCAACUCUUGGAGAGAUGUGGAAUUCAGUGACUUACAAAAAACUCUCGAGUCCGUUGCGUCGGAGUUGACAUCAAAUCAUCAAAAGAAUGACAUUUCGCGCACUAAUUUGGUAAAUCAGACGAAGGAGUUUCGAAAAUCGGCGUCUGAGGAAGCGCGAAAGUCAGCGAUGACUAUAAUCAAGUAUUAUCAGACUGAGUUUGAUGCUGUGCAAAAAAGGUGCAAGUAUUCAGAGGAUGCAUAUCUCUCAAUGUACAAAAGAUUGAUUGAUCUCCCAGACCCUUCCCUCGCUUUGGCUGAGCUUCACUCUUUGCAGAAAAGAGCAGAUAAAGCUACAGAACUUGAGUUCGAGUCACGUAAAUUAAGGGAAAGCAACGAUGAGCUAAAGGCUAGAGCUCAAGAACUUAAGAAUCAUGAACGUGAAAACAAGCGCUUGCAAAAGCGUCUUGAUGAACUAUCAACCUCUUUGGAGUCUCAAAUACAAAAAAAUAAUUCGAAGUUGGAAAAUGAAUGUCAAAGGAAACUGGAGUCCAAGGAGCAAGAAUUAGCUAUCUUUAAAGCUGAGGCCGAAGAAAAGCUUAGUAGUUUUGAAGCAAAAAAUAUGGCUAUUUCGAAAGCAUUGGAAAUGGCACAAUCAGAACUGUUUAGACUAAAAACUCAAGUAAAUGCAAGUGAAACUGGUCGGUCAUCUGAACUUGAAUUACUUAUUGAUGAUCUUGAAAAGUCAAAUUCAAAACUUGCAGCAGCUGAAGCAGAAUUGGCUAGAUUGCGUGAAAAUUGUUCACAUGUUUCAAGUGUACCUGUUGCAGAUAUUAAUCGUCUUCAAUGUCGUGUUGAAGAACUUGAAUAUGAAUUAUCCACUUGUUCAAAUGAGAAAUCUUCACUAAUUGACCAGUUGGAGUCAUUGAAGUUAUCAAAAGCUUCUAACGAGACUCUAUUACAAAAUCGUAUUCAAGAUACUGAGAAAUUAUUAACAGAAACUCGAACUGCUUUAGAUGUAGCAAAUGAGAAAAUUAAUCGUCAAUUAGAUUAUGAUGAUAUAAAACGUGAAUUAUCACUUCUACGGUCUAUUGAAUUCCCUGAUGAUGGCGAAAACCCGCAUAUUGCAUCGUCUGAUCGUCCUCCAUUAGAAGUACUUCUUUUAAAAAAGAAUAAGGUAUUAGAAAAUCAGUUGGCUGAAGUAAAUACCUCUCGUGAAAAGUUACAGAUUGAGUUGACUCAGUUGAAGUCGAAUGAAGUAGAAUCAAAGCAACGAAUUGAAGAACAAUCAGAGUUAAUUAAACUAUUAGAAUCUGAUUUAUAUCGUUUACAGACUGGUUUUGAUGAAACACGACGAUCAUCUAAUAAUAGUGAUUCAAGAAGUCGAUUAGAAGGACAAUUACUUGCAGAAGUGAUUGGUGAACAAAAAUCAAAUCAAAUCGAUCAAUCAUUACUACAUAUUGUACAAAACCAACGUGAUCGAUUUCGUAUACGAGCUGAAGAAUUAGAACAGAACGAAGUGAGUCUACGUCAACAGUUGGUAUCACUACAAAGUGAAAUUGAAUCUGUCCGUAUGGAUAAUGUAAAACUCUAUGAGAAAAUACGCUUUCUCCAUUCAUAUGGUACAAAUCCUACAACACAAACAACACGUAUUCAUCAUUCUGUCGGGAAUUCAUCUAGUCAGCAGCAGCAACAACAACAACACCAGCAUUAUUCGCCAUCGACACCGUCACCAUCUUAUCCAGGUAAUGUGGAUUCAAAUGAUCCUACUGUCAUUAAAUAUUCACAAGUCUAUGAAGCCCAAUUGAAUCCAUUUAAUCAAUUCAGUCGUUAUGAAAAACAACGUGUAUACAAAAAAUUACAGCCAUAUGAAAAAUUGAUGUUACACUUGGGACGUGUUGUCAGCUCUGAUCGUAGAUUACGCUUAGGUGUAUUUUUAUAUGCUAUAUUUCUACACUUGUUCAUAUUUAUUGCAUUGUAUAAAGCUGCUCAUUUUCAACACAGUGCAUUGGAAACUGAAGCCAAUUGUCAUGCACGUUUUGCAGAACAUAUGCAACAAGCUCACAAUCAAGGAGGUGGAAAUCCAUAGUGCCUAUGCCGCUUUUUUUUCUUUCUUUCUCUCUUUUUCAUUACCACCUCCGCCGACCCCUUUUUCUACUUUCUGUUAUGCUUGUUCAUUUAUAUUAAUUUUGGUAUUAUUUUUUAAGUGGUUUGCUUUUUUGGUUUUUUUUAUUUUAACGCUGUGUUGCUUUCACUGAUCUGAUACAGCAAACAAUUGAAUCAAUACGCCUGUGUUUUCUUUCUCCAAGUGUGUGAAUGUUGCCCCCACUCUAUCCUCCCCAAACCACCUACCUACCUUCACGUGUGUCUGUGUAUUUUAUUCCCUUUUGUCGUUGUAAACAGAUGACAUUAUCAUAUAUAUAUAUAUAUUAAAUGUGAUAAGAUUUUAAUCAUUAUAAUUAUAGUCUGCCUGCUUUUCUUCUGACAAUGAAAAAACGAUAGUCUCCUCGUUGCUGUUUUUUAUAUAUUUAUUUAUUUAUAAUUUUAUACUCUAUUACGAUUAGAAGUUUAUUUUUACAGUUUUUUAUUAUUAUAUUUUUUAUUCGGAGUAGAAUUAUAGGGCUGCUUGAAGCUAACGCUUUAAAAUUUCUGUAGCGGUCGUCCUAUUGUUUUUUACGCUCUGGGGCGGGGGGGGGUACUAGUUUCACCUUCGAACCUUCCCUUGUUUUUAUCGGUAUUAUUACUGACUAAAAGGAGAGAUGAGGAAGUGCGUUGUCAGUCAGGAAUCGAACUCCGAAUCGCCUACGUGGUUGGCGAGUAUUUUACCCAGUGAACAACGGUCGACGUAUAUGAAAGAAUUGAAAGUAAUUCAAUCAGAAUAUUUUUUUUCUAAACACCUACCUUCUGUUUUCGAGACAAUUGUUGAUGGGAUAAUGUUUUGAAGUUUGAAACGAUCGGUACUGCAUUCACGUCUGAUUUAGGAUCAAGUACUCACUAUAAGCUGAUGAAUCAUGAAUGGGAUGAAACCCUGUCAG